AUGGAAGAAGAAUCUGUAAAGACAAAUUCAACAAUUUUACAAAAUGAUAUAAAAGAAACGACAGCAAUACUUCGAUUUGAAGUACCUUUAAAAAAAGGUCAAGGAAAUAAUGUAAUUUAUUUUCCCGACUUGAUAAAUCCACCAAAGGCUGAAAUAACAAUGAAUAAUCAAAACUUCUUUACUAGUGAUAAUACUUCAUUAGAACAAAACUUAGAUGAAAUGGCUUUAGAAAAUUUUGUAGUAUCAGAAACCACAGAUUUUUUGGAACAUAUGGCCGUUGAAAAACGUCCGGAACCAAAAUUUUACGCAAUCUCAAGAAAAAGUACUACUCCUGGUUUUUUUGGUGCUGGAACUAAUAUAAAUCCACCUGAAAAUAUUCUUCAAUUCUUUAAAAAUGAACUAUCAAAUGAUAAAUCAACCAAUACUAUCAUUUCCAAUGCUGGGACAAUUGAAAAUAAUGAAAAUAAAAGUUUAAAUAAACCGACUAAAUCAAGAACAAGAAAGAAUGCUACAUCAUCAAAAUCAAAGGGCAAAAAAGCCAUUAAACAAGAAGAGAAACUAUCGUCGUCAGUUAAUGAAGCUGGAAAUAAAACCAUUAUUAAAAGUGAAUCAAAGUAUUUAGAAAUUCAAAGAUUAUUGGAAAAACACAAACGUCGCAAAGAGAAAAAAAUUAAUAAAGAUGCAUCUACCAGUGGUAUAGUAAGUAGUUCUUCUUCAAAAAAUUCAACUCCUAUAGCUAAAUCAUUAAAGUCUUUAAUCAAUGUCGAAGAUGAUUCUUCUCUAUCAUUAUCUUCAACUUCAUCGACUGAGUCUUCUCCAAAGAGAAAAGGCCGGCUCGAAAUUCGUUCGCGAGGAAGUUCUUCAACUUCAUCUACUACAGUAACCUCUACAAAAGCGAGCAAAGUGAAUACGAAAUCAAAAUCAAAAACUAGCAAUCCAAAUAAUUAUAAUGCAGAGAGUCCUGGAUUAACACCGAUGACGAUAUCUUCCGAAUCUACUCCUACCCCUUAA